AUGCUGCUUCCCGAGGACGCGAGGCUGGGCCGGGAGCCGCGCGCCACCGCCGCCAGGGACCCUCCCUGCGGGCCCGCUGCGCUCCCCCGGCCUCCCCCUGCCCCCCCUCCCCCGACCGGCUCGACAGGGAAAGUAGAACUGCAAGGAAAACGCCUAGAGAUUGAACACUCGGUCCCCAAAAAACAAAGGUUCAUAGGAAAAUGUGGUGUGAAGAAGCACUUUGUAAGCCCUAUAAAGCACUUGGCAAAGGUCCUGGACAGCCUGCUUGCUCAGUAUGGAACAGUAGAGAACUGUGAACAAGUGAACACGGAAAGUGAGACGGCCGUGGUGAACGUCACCUAUUCCAACCGGGAACAGACCAGGCAAGCCAUCAUGAAGCUGAAUGGCCACCAGCUGGAGAACCAUGCCUUGAAGGUCUCCUAUAUUCCCGACGAGCAGACAGCACAGGGUCCUGAGAAUGGGCGCCGGGGGGGCUUUGGCUCUCGGGGUCAGCCUCGGCAGGGCUCGCCGGUGGCAGCCGGGGCCCCUGCCAAGCAGCAGCAAGUGGACAUCCCCCUGCGGCUCCUCGUGCCCACCCAGUAUGUGGGCGCCAUCAUUGGCAAGGAGGGCGCCACCAUCCGAAAUAUCACAAAACAGACCCAGUCCAAGAUCGAUGUGCACAGGAAGGAGAACGCAGGUGCUGCUGAGAAGGCCAUCAGUGUCCACUCGACCCCCGAGGGCUGCUCCUCCGCCUGUAAGAUGAUCUUGGAGAUCAUGCAUAAGGAGGCCAAGGACACCAAAACGGCUGACGAGGUUCCCCUGAAGAUCCUGGCCCAUAAUAACUUCGUGGGGCGUCUCAUUGGCAAGGAGGGGCGCAACCUGAAGAAGGUGGAGCAGGACACGGAGACGAAAAUCACCAUCUCCUCGCUGCAGGACCUCACCCUCUAUAACCCCGAGAGGACCAUCACCGUGAAGGGGGCCAUCGAGAACUGCUGCAGGGCCGAGCAGGAGAUCAUGAAGAAAGUUCGGGAGGCCUAUGAGAAUGACGUGGCUGCCAUGAGUCUGCAGUCUCAUCUCAUCCCCGGCCUGAACCUGGCUGCCGUGGGUCUUUUCCCAGCCUCGUCCAGUGCAGUUCCGCCACCUCCCAGCAGCGUCACGGGAGCGGCUCCCUAUAGCUCCUUUAUGCAGGCUCCGGAGCAGGAGAUGGUGCAGGUCUUCAUCCCUGCCCAGGCGGUGGGCGCCAUCAUCGGCAAGAAGGGGCAGCACAUCAAACAGCUCUCCCGUUUCGCCAGCGCCUCCAUCAAGAUUGCUCCUCCAGAAACUCCUGACUCCAAAGUUCGUAUGGUUAUCAUCACUGGACCCCCAGAGGCCCAAUUCAAGAUGGCUCAGAGGAAGAUCCGAGACAUCCUGGCCCAGGUUAAACAGCUGCACCAAAAGGGACAGAGCAACCAGGCCCAGGCGCGGAGGAAGUGA